GCGCGUCGCUGCUCUGCGUACUUUCCUGGGCGGGAACAGCAAAAUGGCGCCAGAACUAGUGGCGGGUUGAGAGUACCGCAUUCCUCGGAAGCCGGUCCUGCGGUCCUCUUGCCGCCCGGCCCCUCCCGGACAUGGAGGACGUGGAGGCGCGCUUUGCCCACCUCUUGCAGCCCAUCCGCGACCUCACCAAGAACUGGGAGGUGGACGUGGCGGCCCAGCUGGGCGAGUAUCUGGAGGAGCUGGACCAGAUCUGCAUUUCUUUUGACGAAGGCAAAACCACGAUGAACUUCAUUGAAGCGGCGUUGCUGAUCCAGGGCUCGGCCUGCGUCUACAGUAAGAAGGUGGAGUACCUCUACUCACUCGUCUACCAGGCUCUCGACUUCAUCUCUGGCAAGAGGCGGGCCAAGCAGCUCUCUGCGGUGCAGGAAGACAGGGCCAAUGGGGAUGCCAGCUCAGGGGCUUCCCUGGAGGCAGAGGAUGAGUUCCUGUCGCUAGAUGACUUCCCCGACUCCCGGGCCAACGUGGAUCUGAAGAAUGACCAGGCACCCAGUGAGGUCCUCACCGUCCCCCUCCUGCCCAUGGCCCUGGUGGCCCCUGAUGAAAUGGAGAAGAACAACUUCCCCCUGUACAGCCGUCAGGGCGAGGUCUUGGCCAGUCGGAAGGAUUUCAGGAUGAAUACGUGCACCCCCCACCCCAGAGGGGCCUUCAUGUUGGAGCCGGUGGGCACGUCCUCUGUGGAGCCCGUGGAUGCCGAGAGGGCUGAGGAGCAGCUGAUGGAAGUGUCUGCGUGCGGGAGUCCUGUUCCUAUGCUCGGCUUCUCCCACGAGCCCGGCACCUCGCCAGAAGGCCCGAUGCCCAGUGGCAGGGGUGAGGACGAGGACGCAGAGGAGGCGGGAGAGCUCCCUGAGGCCACAGCCCCCCAGGCCCCCCUGGAGCCCGAGGAGCCCAGGAGCUUACAGCAGAGCGCUGCCCUGCCCAGGAGGUACCUGCUGCGCGAGCGAGGGGGGGCCCCAGAGCCUGUGUCCCGGCUGAAGGAGACCCCAGACCCCUGGCAGAGCCUGGACCCUUUUGACUCCCUGGACUCUAAACCCUUCAAGAAAGGUAGGCCUUACUCUGUGCCCCCCUGUGUGGAGGCGGCUCCAGGACAGAAGCGGAAGAGGAAGGGGGCUGCCAAGCUGCAGGACUUCCACCAGUGGUACCUGGCUGCCUAUGCUGACCAUGCUGACCGCAGGAGGCCCCGGCAAAAGGGCCCAUCCUUUGCAGACAUGGAGGUCCUGUACUGGGAGCAUGUUCGGGAGCAGCUGAAAACCCUCCGGAAGCUGCAGAGGAGGGAGAUGGGCAAGCAGUGGCUGCCAAGGGUCGAGGAGGGGCUGUGGCCUUCAGAGGAAGACCGCCUGGAGGAUUCCCUAGAGGACCUGGGGGCAGCAGCAGAUGACUUUCUAGAGCCGGAGGAGUGCGUGGAGCCUGAAGGGGCAAACCCCAGGGAGUCUGCUGCCCUGGAUGCAGAGGCCAUGCCGGCGUCCCUGAGCUACGAGGAGCUGGUUCGAAGGAAUGUGGAGCUAUUCAUCGCCACCUCCCAGAAGUUUGUGCAGGAGACAGAGCUGAGCCAGCGUGUCAGGGAGUGGGAGGACACCGUCCGGCCCCUGCUCCAGGAGCAGGAGCAGCACCUGCCCUUUGACAUCCACACCUACGGGGACCAGGUGGUCUCUCAGUUCCCACAGCUCAACGAGUGGUGUCCCUUUGCAAAGCUGGUGGCCGGCCAGCCUGCCUUCGAGGUGUGUCGCUCCAUGCUGGCCUCCUUGCAGCUGGCCAACGACUACACGGUGGAGAUCGCCCAGCAGCCGGGGCUGGAGACAGCCGUGGACACCAUGUCCCUGAGACUGCUCACGCACCAGCGAGCCCACAGGCGUUUCCAGACCUAUGCUGCCCCCUCCAUGGCCCAGCCCUGAGUGGGGAAUACCAAGGCGGGUGGGGGUGGGGAGCCCCAUCCCCACGUGUCCCGAGCUGUGCCUUUGGCUCACUCGUGUUGCUUCCUGGCUGGCCCAGCCUAAUAAAGUGGUGUU